CGAAAGGUCCAAAAUGGGUUCGAAUUGGGCUGGCAAUGACUCCUUCCUUGGAGAUGUGGAAGAUGGGUUGGUCAAUCCGACAAGGCAAGGACUCAGGGAGAAGGAGGAGGAAGAGAUAUUCGGAGGGGGACGAAGGAAUCUGCGAACAAUUUAUGUGGCCCAUAAGAUCUCGCGUGGAUAAAUAGAGAAACGAAUUACUCGCGAGUGCUAAAGAAAGUGUUGAAUUGAAUAAAGAGGAGAGUGUUGGCAGUUGGAAGUGAGAAGCAGUUGGAGUGGAUGGCCCAGUUCACAGCUCAAGGAACCAUGAAGCUGCUCUUCAAUGGCGAAGGUCGCUCGUUUAGGCAAGGAUCGAAGGACCCAUGUCGUUUUAGGCUCGGAUCAGUCCAUGUGCGCAAGCGGAGGCUCGGAUUUUUUGAUUCCUCGGCCGAGCACGGUCCUUGGCGGCGAAACGCGAGAGCGCACGCGCGAAGUGCUAAUAAACACAGCGAGGAAGGUGUGCAUGGAGAGGACGACGAGUACGACGACGAGUUGGCGUGCUUCAGAGGUCUGGUCUUGGAUCUUUCUUACAGGCCAGUCAAUGUCGUUUGCUGGAGGCGUGCGAUUUGCUUGGAGUUCAUGGAGAAGGCUGAUGUACUAGAAUAUUAUGAUCAGACAGUGAACUCUCCUAGUGGAUCAUUUUACAUACCAGCAGUUUUAAGGUUUCUGCUUAACCGUCUAUGCCCAUCUGCUUCCCUCCAGGUGCCACAUUUACUGCAGGUUGUUAAGAGGAGGAGAGUGAAAAGCAACCUUAGUCGUAAGAACAUACUGUACAGAGACAGUUACACUUGCCAGUACUGCUCUUCAGGUGAGAAUUUAACUAUUGACCACGUUCUUCCAAUUUCAGGAGGUGGAGAAUGGACGUGGGAAAACCUGGUAACUGCCUGUUCCAAAUGCAAUUCCAAGAAAGGUCAAAAAACAAUAGAAGAAGCAAAUAUGAAGCUGCUCAAGACCCCCAAGGCUCCGAAAGACUUUGACAUACUCGCCAUACCCUUGACGAGCGCAGCGGUGAAGAUGUUGAGAGUAAGGAAAGGCACUCCAGAGGAGUGGCGCCAGUAUCUUGGUAGACCAUCUUUUGAGCCCUGACACAGUUUGCGGUGGCAUUUGUACAUUCUUUUGCUUCGUCCAUACUAAAAAUAAGCGUAUAUGCAUUCCGUUCUUUCGCAUAAAUGUGGAACACCGUUUAUGUAUGUCUUACUCGUGGGCGAUUGAUGCAUCAUGUACGACAAUCAGAAGAAGAAAAGGAAAGAACCAAAAAAUCUAACAUUACUAGACCAUGGCAAUGUAUGUAUAUCGGUGGUCUACUAUGCAUUAACGUUCAAUUCCCUUCGUUCCUUACAA